AUGUCGUCUUUGCUGGCUGUAGUCGCUGCAGGUCUUCUAGUGCCCCUGGGCAUGGGACUUUGUACCGCUGCCGAAGUUCCCGCCACAGCCCAGAUAAUUGACUGGAAGAGUUUCAACGUCCUGCAGAAUGUGCCCCCUCCUGCAGAGGCGAACGACUCAACGCUCUUCCUCUGGUCUGGUGUAACCAAAGAGUCACUUGAGGCCAAACCAUUCCACGUCUACGACGCCGAGUUCUACGAUGUUAUUGGACCGAACCCCUCGCUGACCCUCAUUGCCACCUCUGACACCGACCCUAUUUUCCACGAAGCUGUUGUGUGGAAUCCCCCAACCGAAGAGGUCUUCUUCGUUCAGAAUGCCGGCGCUCCCGCUGCAGGCACUGGACUGAACAAGUCCUCCAUCAUUCAGAAGAUCUCACUUGCGGAAGCCGAGGCUGUGCGAACUGGUUCACGGGCUAACGCGACUGUCACUGUUGUGCCGUCGCAACCCCAGGUCAUCAACCCAAAUGGUGGUACGAACUACAAGGGCAACAUCGUCUUCGCUGGAGAGGGUCAAGGUGACGAUAUCACCUCUGCCUUGUAUCUUAUGAACCCAGUCGCUCCCUUCAACACCACCGUUCUCUUGAACAACUACUUCGGUCGUCAGUUCAAUUCGCUCAACGACGUUGUCAUCAACCCUCGCAAUGGAGAGUUGUACUUCACCGAUACCCUCUACGGCUUCCUACAGGAUUUCCGUCCUCCUCCCGGACUGCGCAACCAAGUGUACCGCUACAACUUCGAGACCGGCGCAGUCGCCGUCGUGGCUGAUGACUUCACUUUGCCUAAUGGCCUCACCUACUCUCCUGAUGGCAAGAAGGCCUACGUCACCGACACCGGCAUCGCUCUGGGAUUUUAUGGCCGCAACCUCUCUUCUCCCGCUUCAGUCUACUCUUUCGACGUGAAUGAAGACGGCACCUGGGAGAACCGCAAGACGUUUGCCUACACUGCCUCCUUUAUUCCUGAUGGUGUUCACACCGACUCUGUCGGCCGCGUCUACGCGGGCUGUGGAGAUGGUGUUCAUGUCUGGAACCCCUCUGGUAAGCUCAUAGGCAAGAUUUACACUGGAACAACUGCUGCAAACUUCCAAUUCGCUGGAAAUGGCCGCAUGAUUAUUACUGGACAGACGAAACUGUUCUAUGUCACUCUGGCGGCUUCGGGCGUAGAGCUGCAGUAG